AUGGACUCGGAGCUGAAAGGGUGGAUGGAGCGCAUCGAGGAGCUCCGUCGUAUGUCUUGGGGACACUCCUCGGAGCAGCCCACGCAAAUCACCGAAUGGCUCUAUGUCGGGGGCAACUUGAGAAGCCCUGAAGCAUGGUCGAAGUGGUUUGCUGAGCACCCAUCCUUGACGCAUGUCGUGAACUGCGCCGCGAAGGACGUGCGGUAUGCUGUCAAUGACUCCAUUUCGCUUCUGAAGCUUGAAGCUGUGGAUGAGGAGGGCUUUGAUUUGUUCUCUUUUUGGCCGCUGGUGAAGAGUCACGUCGCGGAAGCCAAAGCUGUCUUGUUUCACUGCCAAGCUGGCAUCAACCGCAGUGCAGCCUUGGCAGUCGCCGCUUUGUGUGUCCACGAGCAGCGGCCCUUCCUUCGGGUGCUUCGUGAUUCGUUGCAAAGGCGGCCGGGGAUGCUACAAAAUCGAAGCUUCAAGCGCCAGCUAAUCCAUUGCAUCCGCACGGAAGGACUACUUGAUUCUGAAGCUGACCUCGACUGGUGGAGUGCCGAGGUUGAGCACUACCAGAAGCAAGUGCAUCAAGUGUUCCAGCUCUUCGCUCAAGACAAUAGUGCAGACUUUGACCUAUUUAAGGAGCUAUUGCAUGAAGUAGGCGAGACGGCGAUAGAGGACCAUUGGCAUCGCAUGAAGAUGCACAGGCCUCUUCUUCCUCUUGCUGGCGGAACCAUUGCGGACGCUGUGGACGAGGCUUCUGCUGAGCGCUGGUUCCGCUCGGAUGCACCAGAAGUCUUUGAGAAGCUGAUUGGGAAGCUGUCGGAAGGAGAUGCUAGUUCACGUUGA